CCCUGAGCUCGGCAGAACGCACUCAUUAAAACCGCUUUCCCUAGUGCACUUCAACCCAAAGCCCAGCACACGCCAGUGUGUGUGAGAGUGGAAACGGUGCUAGAGACAGUAAGAGAUCUAAAGUGAUCGCUGUUAAAAGAAGAAGAAACUUUUAGGAACCCGAUUCCAUCGCAUGUGGGAUAUUUACUGGAUAUAUUGCUAAGCUUCUUAUGAAGAGACGCUAAAGCUAAAGCGGCAUCUUGAAGGUGAUUCGCGUGGAACUUCACGAUCAACUGAGAAACACCACCGAACACGACCUGCGAAGGACAAGGCGACUAUGUAAAGACCCGAGCCGCAAGGUGUCGUAGAGAGCCAUCGACAGGAACCUGGAACUUUAUGUAAAUAACAGCGAUGAUUUGAAUUUAAAAGUCAGCUCUCUUAGGGUCAUCCUAUUGUUUUUGCUGUAGUUUGUUAGAUCGUUUUUUGCCUUCAAGUUCCUCUUCCAGAGUUUUCGCUGUAAUCCGAUCCCACACACUCUCCAGUAAUUAUAAAGCAGAGCUGGGAAGCAGUAAAGGAGAUUUGUCAUUAAAGCUGCCUAAAUAAAGAGGCAGGCAAAGGGUGAGGUUUGUUGAGGUGCAGCGACACUCGUCCGGAUCCACCCAAAGCUUCCCAUGGACCCCCAAGGAGGCCAUUAUCUAAACAAGUCAGCGGUCCUGUCUGGAGUCGGCGCGGCCCGGAUGUGCCAGCUGCUCCUGGGCUGCACCACGAUGGCCCUGGUGGCCCACAGCGCGGGCUUCAGCGCCACCUACGGGACCUACUGCAUGUUCGUCUGGUGCUUCUGCUUUGCCGUGACACUGGUGGUCUUCGCUCUGGACGUGACCAGGCUACACGGGUGUAUGCCCAUCUCCUGGGACAACUUCACUGUGGCCUUCGCCAUGUUGGCCACUCUCAUGUACGUCACGGCUUCGGUAGUCUACCCCGUCUACUUCCUCAGGUCCGAGUGCUCAUCCGGAGGCUGCGAGGUGCGCAAUUACCGCAUCGCGGUCACCGUCUGCUCCAGCGUCUGCUGCUUCGCUUACGGAGCCGAGGUGUUCAUCACGCGGGCCAAGCCGGGCCACGUGGUUGGUUACAUGGCCACCUGGUCUGGCUUGCUCAAGGUGGUCCAAGCCUUCAUAGCCUGCAUCAUCUUCGGCGCUCUGGCCAAUGACAGCGAGUACAACCGCCACAUCCCUACCCAGUACUGCGUGGUGGUCUACAGCCUGUGCUUCGCUGUGACCGUGGUGGUGGUGGCCCUCACCGUCUCGGGGAGAACGGCUUCGCUGCGCUUCCCUUUCGACCGCUUCGUGGUCAUCUACACCUUCUUGGCUACGCUGCUGUAUCUGAGCGCCACCGUGGUGUGGCCGGUUUUCAGUUUCGAUAAGAAGUACGGCACCCCGGGGCGCCCGGAAGACUGCCCGAGAGGAAAGUGCCCAUGGGACAGCAAGCUGGUGAUCGCCGUGUUCACUUGCGCUAACCUGGUGCUGUACUUCACCGAUCUGGUGUACUCGCAAAGAAUACGCUUUGUCUCGCAUUCAUCUGCAUAAGAGCGGCUCAUCUCCAGAACGGCGGACAUUGAAUACUGGAAAUGAGGCUUGGAAAGUGUUGUAAGACGCAGCCAAUAAAACACGGCAGGCUGUACAUGUAGCACUUUCAAAUGUUCAGGAUUUUUUGUAACUUUGUUGAUUAGUAUGAAAUUUUUUGAAACUUUCCAACUGCAAUUCAAACUUUUUUUUUCUAAAGAAGUUGUUAUUUUUCUCGUUAAAAUGAAAGCAAUUUUCGACUCUGUAAAACUGAUUUCUGUGACAAUACCUCUCCGCGAUUCAUCGACACUGUACGUCUUAAAGGGACAGUCCACCCAAAAAUGUAAAUUCCGCCAUUGUUCACUCACGUUUGUGUCAUGUUAAAAUGUCUUUCUUUCUUCUGUGCAACACAAAAGAAGAAAAUCUAAAAAUGUCAGUUUUGGUGAUUGGACAAUUGGAUUUGGUCAAAACUAAAAAAUCUGUUUUGUUCUGCAGACGUUAGAGUUUAGGGAAUGACACAAGGGUGAGUAAAAGACGACAGAAAUAAAAAAAAAGUUUUAGGUGAACUAUCCCUUUAAGAAUGUUUUUUUGUUUUAAGUUUGUUGUGAACUAGAACAGUUAUUAUAUGGCUUACUAUGAGUACAACUUAAAUUUGUAAUUUUUAUAUAUGAAGGAUAUAAUUUUACUUUUAUUAUUAUUUGAUUUCUAAGUAAUGCUUAAAUCAUAAUUUCUAACACAGUCAGACUUUAUCAGCUGCUUAUCCAAUCAUGAGACACCCGUGUCCUCUAACUAAAAGAACAAAAAACAGACUACGACUUAUUGUCCAUUUUAUUUUAUUUAGUUUUGUUUUAUUUUAGCUUAGAAAGCAGUCCCUGCGUAUGAUUUUUACAAAUACUGUUGCUUAUUUUCCCUACGUUAAAAUAAAUCAAAAUAUGUUGGUAAUUAAACUGGAU